CGAGCUCUGGAGUCUGGACAAAACGUGUGUUCUUGAUUGUAAGCAGUUGUUCAAAAGGUUGAAGCGAGAAGCUUGUGGUUAAGCGCUGUAAGUGUACAAGGACGUUUUGCUUUGCUUAUUUAUUACCGUAAAUAUUGUGUAAUAAUUGACAGCGUAACGCUUUAAUAUACCUUGCCAAUUCUUUGUUUCUGUCCAGCUGUCGUUUAAUGAACGAAAAUUAUCGAUUUCCAAUAGAAUCAGAGUUGAAAAACCAGAUUUCCAUUAGAAUGCCAAACAUAAAGAUAUUUAGCGGGUCGUCACAUUGUGACCUUGCCCAGAAAAUUGCUAACAGGUUAGGAAUUAAUUUGGGAAAAGUGGUUUCAAGAAAAUUCAGCAACCAAGAAACCUGCGUCGAAAUCGGCGAGAGCGUUCGUGGCGAAGAUGUCUAUAUUGUCCAAAGUGGUUGUGGAUCCAUCAAUGAUAACUUAAUGGAAAUGUUAAUCAUGAUACAUGCGUGUAAGAUUGCAUCAGCUUCUAGAGUCACUGCUCUUAUUCCCCUGUUCCCAUAUGCAAGGCAGGACAAGAAGGAUAAAAGUCGAGCGCCGAUUUCUGCCAAACUGGUGGCAAAUAUGUUGUCUAUAGCUGGCGCAGACCACAUUAUUACCAUGGACCUGCAUGCCUCUCAAAUUCAAGGAUUUUUCGAUAUACCAGUGGAUAAUCUGUACGCUGAACCAGCAGUGCUGAAGUGGAUCAAGGAGAACAUUUUGGAAUGGAAGAACUCUGUUAUUGUAUCUCCAGACGCUGGUGGUGCAAAGCGGGUCACUUCAAUCGCUGAUCGUCUCAAUGUAGAAUUUGCUCUCAUUCACAAAGAACGGAAAAAAGCAAAUGAAGUGGAUCGAAUGGUGCUGGUCGGAGAUGUGACCGACAGAGUGGCAAUUCUAGUUGAUGAUAUGGCAGACACAUGCGGAACCAUAUGUCACGCUGCUGAGAAGUUGCUGUUAGCUGGAGCUACGAAGGUCUAUGCAAUUCUCACUCAUGGAAUCUUCAGUGGGCCAGCUCUAUCUAGAAUCAAUAAUGCUGCAUUUGAAGCUGUUGUUGUAACCAAUACAACUCCUCAGGAUAAGCAUAUGCAGCAAGCCGGCCGAAUUAAAACCAUUGAUAUUUCGCCAAUUCUAGCUGAAGCAAUACGCCGGACACAUAAUGGGGAAUCGGUGUCUUAUCUCUUCAGUAAUGUACCACUAUGAGAACUCUGCAGUUUCAAGUCAUGUGGUAUGCUUUAUAGAGGUCCUUGAAGCCUUGAUCUUGGAAAACAGCCUGUACAUUUGUACUGUAACAGUGUCAUAUUUUGAUCUUGUAAAACUGUUAAAAAACUGCCUGUACAUUUGUACUGUAACAGUAGCCUGUUUGCUUGUCCUGUUGUGCAUAACAUUACCUAGCUAUAAAUUGCUUUCAAAAGUCCCAAUGUUAAAACAAAUCAUUCGUGCAUUUUCACACUGUAUUAAAUACACUCAUCACAAUUGAAAUUUCAG